CAGAUCUUGCUAUGUCACACGGAUGUAAUUUAAGCUAGCCAAAUAAUGAAUGAUUAUUAGAAACAGACAAUAAAAUCCUGUGCACUGGAUGAAAUAUUUGAUUAAUAUUUCAAAAAGUUACUGCAUCUUGAAACCAAUUAUAACGCAAAGGAAUAAAAAAAAAAAAAAAGGAAAAAGAUUAAUCUUGCAGGAUUUUGGAGCCUAAUAUAAAGCAACAAUGGAUCCGAUUCUUGAAGUGGUCGCUUUGUGUCUUGGCUUUGUGAGUUGGGUAAUGGUUGGAGUCGCAAUUCCUAACCGUUACUGGAGAGUCUCCAGUUUAGAUGGGACUGUGAUCACCACCUCAACUCUUUAUGAGAAUCUGUGGAUGUCUUGCGCAACUGACUCGACGGGAGUGCACAACUGCCGCGAAUUUCCAUCUCUGCUCGCACUAUCUGGCUAUAUCCAAGCAUCUCGAGCUCUUAUGAUAGCCUCAAUAGUGUUUGGGACAUUUGGUUUAGUGGCCACACUCAUCGGCAUGCAGUGUUCGAAAGCUGGAGGAGAGAACUACGUGCUGAAAGGCAGAAUAGCUGGUACUGGAGGAGCAUUUUUCCUUCUGCAAGGUUUGUGUACAAUGGUAUCAGUGUCAUGGUACGCAUUUAACAUCACGCAGGAAUUCUUCAAUCCACUCUAUCCUGGCCAAAAAUAUGAGAUUGGAGAGGGUUUAUACAUUGGCUGGGCCUCCGGAACUCUUGCAAUCUGUGGUGGAGCUUGCCUCAUGUUUUCCUGCAAAUUUGGCACAAAAGAGAAGAUUGGUUACCCCUACCAGCCCACACGGGGAACAGUCUACUCAGUGUCCGCAUCCAAGAGAGAUGCCCAGAGUGCCCAGAGCACUUAUGGUAAAAAUGCCUAUGUCUGAAGGAAGCAGUUUGGGUCGAUUUCAUGUCUAUAAAACAUGAAAACAGUUGACUGUUGAUAGUUUUUUCUACUAUAUAUUUCUGUGUAAUUAUGUAAAUAUUUAUACUAGACACACAGGCAGUUUUGUGGUCCGAAUAAGUCAUUGAACAUGUCAUAUGUUACCAUGUCAGUUUUGCAGUGUAAACACGUCUCAGAGGACAUUAUACACACUAGAAUCAAAGUUGUUAAAUCCCUGUACAGAAAUCACACACUGAAAUUACUUGUGUAUUUGUUCAGAUUUAAGAAGGGUUUUGAUAUAUUUGAUUUUGUAUUGAAGUAAUUGUUCGGAAAAAGAUACAAUUCUUUUUUUUGCAGUUACAUGAAUCAAGAUUGAUCAACUCCCAAUGUGUUCAUUAUCUUGUGUCCAUUUAUUUGUGCAAAUGAUUAUGUUUUAUAUAAUGUGUUUUAUACAAAUAUUAAACAAGCAUUACAUUGAAAAUGCAAAUGUUUUGGGGGGGGGGGUAUUGUUUGAUCUAUUCUAUUCUAUUUCCCUAACACAAAUUACCAUGGUAACCAUUGUUUUUGAUAAAAUAUCUUAGAUAUACUGUUAUUGUUGCUUUACAGCAACAGCUGUCAUAAACAUAAAUAAAAAAAUAUAUAUAUUAAAAAAAAAAGCUGAAAGCCUUUACACUGUUUUAAGAAGACCCUAUAUUACCCUAAGUAAUAUCAACAGUAGUAGCUAUGGUGUUUUUAAGGAAACCAUAAAUAACAUGUUGUAUUCUAUUCUAUUCUGCUUGACAUGACAACCAUGGUUUCUAGCAAAAUAUCAUAAUUACUACAUUACUGUUGCCACACAGCUAAAAUAGUGGUAUCUUGGUAGCCACCACUGUCAUAAACAAAAUAUAUUUACAGUAUAUAUAUAUAUAUAGGGUUACUUUUGAAAUGUAUUCCACUCACUGAUCUAUAUAUAGAUCAGUGAUUCCACUACAGAUUACAGAAUACACGCUGUAAAAUCUCAUUUGAUUAUUGCCCUAAUAUCAAAGGUCUUACAAAAAAAAAGAAAAGAAAUUAUGAUCCAACAUGAAUUUUCUUGAUAAAACAAUUGAUCGUGCAUGGUAACAUGUGCAUGUAAAAUGGCUAGAAAUAGCAUUUAAGCUUAAGUUGACAAUUUGCACAAGGUUAAUUUCUAUUUCUUCUGCUCCAAACUUACUUCAAACUUACUUCUCUGUCUACGAGCGUAUGAAUGUAACACAUCAUUAGAAAUUGUUUCACCGCUGUUCAAAUGCACUUUGGAUUGCAUAAUUUAUUAGUAUAAAUGUUUUUCAUCUGAAAUGACUAAUUAUUAAAUGAAACAAAUGGCAAUAAAAUGCAAAUUAAUCUCUUCAGUAAUCAAAAUACUUCUUGAAUGUAACUGUAUUCUAGAU